CUUCAGUUCUGUUUCUAGUGAAUGCUGGAGGGGAAGAAUCAAGUUGUGUGAGCUAAAAGAAUCUGCAUCUGCUUGGUGAGGAGCCCUUUAAAGGAAUAAUGUCCUCCAUGUAUACAAGCCUUCAUGACAGUUAUGUUUCAAACAAAGGGAGGUCGACCAGCUGUGUCACAUUAGCUGUGGUUUUGGGUUGUCUGACGGUCCUGGGGAUCCUGCUCGCCAUCGCCGUGCUGAAAAGACCACCGGCUCCAAAAGACCAUGAGACACUUCCUGAGGGAACCGGUGGGAGCAAUUUCUCUACGGACGAGUGCCGUAUGGUUCUGGUGGAGAGCAUCCCUCAGCAUAUGAAAUAUAAAGCCAAUGUAACGCUUGGGGUGCCUCUGGAGAAAGCAUGGAAAGAUCUUAUCUCCAUGGCAACGGACCAAGUGGAUGUGGCCUCUUUCUACUGGACUUUAACUGGGGAAGACAUCAAUGUUAACUCUUCCUCUGACAUACCUGGAAGGGAUAUCCUGAAAGAACUUGAAGAGUUGCCCUCCAGGAACAUAUCUGUCCGAGUGGUGACCAGUGUUCCAAGCGUUAGGACAAACUCCACAGAUUUAAAGAUCUUGAAACAGAAAGGAGUUCAGGUGAGGAACGUAAACUUUGGGCGCUUGACGGGGGGCGUCCUCCACAGCAAGUUCUGGAUUGUUGAUAGAAAACACAUUUUUAUUGGAAGCGCCAACAUGGACUGGAGGGCUCUCACACAGGUGAAGGAACUGGGAGUAGUUUUCUACAACUGCUCCAGUCUGGCAAAGGAUCUCUAUAAGAUUUUCCAGUCCUACUGGGUGAUGGGACAAUCCAACAGCUCCCUGCCACAGCCCUGGCCUGCAAAGUAUGACACUGACAUCAACAAACAUCACCCUCUGCUGGUGAAAACUGAUAAUGUCUCCAGCAGGCUUUACCUUACAGCUUCUCCACCAUCAUUCUGUCCUCCGUCCAGGACUCAAGACCUGGAGGCUAUUACCUCAAUCAUCUCAGAGGCCCGACACUUUGUUGAUGUAGCUGUCAUGGAGUACUUCCCCACCACACGCUUUGAAAAGCCUCAGAGAUACUGGCCAUUCAUCGAUGAUGCCAUCAGGACGGCUGCAUUUGAGAGGAAGGUUAAGAUCCGGAUGCUGAUCAGUUGUGGGGAGGACUCUGAUCCAGCCAUGCUGCCCUUCCUUAAGUCUCUAGCCUCAAUGAACAGCAUUCACCAGAAUAUCAGCAUUCAAUUAAAACUGUACAUUGUCCCUGUGGGAAACCAGUCUGAUAUUCCAUAUUCCAGAGUCAACCACAACAAAUACAUGGUGACUGAUAAAAUAGCCUACAUUGGUACCUCCAACUGGUCAGGUGACUACUUUCUGAACACAGCUGGAGUGGGUCUUGUGAUUUCCCAGCAUGCUCCUCACCCUGUGUCGAAGACUGAGGCCCUGCAGAGCCAGCUCAGAGCGGUCUUUGACAGAGACUGGCACUCUGAGUUUGCUGUGCACCUCGCUGACCUGGGACACCACCCAGACUGUGCACUGUCAAGAUGACAGAAACUCCUUUAUAAAAGUUACACAUAAAUACAUUUUAUUCUCAAGGCCAUAUUAACACCAUUGUGUUGCUGUUUUUAUGUUAUAUUUGUCAAAAAAUGCCGUUUUGGUAGAGUUUUCUAUGAUAUCCAUGCUUAAAACAACAUAAACCAUAUUCUUUAAAGGGAAUCUGCUCUGAAAGUGAGGAUGAAGUGGACAUUUUUAUAAAUGAAACCCUGACUUCAGACAUUUUAAGUAAAGCAGCUGUGUCAUCCUCGGUUGAUUGACUAAAAUGUAAUGCACCUCUACCUACAAAUUAAGUUUAUUGAGCAUUAUCAUUUAUGUUUUUAGAAGAUUUAGUGGGUGUUUAUUGUGGAACUAAUUGUUGAAUGCAAGAAUACUGUAUAUGCUGUAUCAUUAAUAUUAAAUAUAUGUCAAUAUCCAUGA